CUGUGUAAGUGUAAGCAAUUAAUUUAAAAAAAAUUCAAGAAGAAUUAGUAGUUCCUAUUUUCCUACUACAGAGCAGAACCGUGGAGACUGAACACGUAUCAUUGAUCACUGAACAGCGUACUCUUGGUACCCAGACCAGAACGAUUACUUUGUUCAACUUAAGUACAGCGUCACUGUGGCAACACGGCACUCGCUGUACUGCUCUUAAGUCCCACCCUCGAGUCACCCAACCUGCACUUUUCUGAGGACUGGCUGGAGUUGUAGUGUUUGCUUUCCACCUGUUUACAGAGAGAUACAGAAUAAGUUUGAGAAAGCAAUGACGGCGAUUCGUAACAACCGACUUUCAAGACACCUGCAAGGUUAGGAGACUAAAAUUGCGCAUGCAAGACUGUAGAACGGUUUUAUUUCGCUUGCUGAAAGAAUGAUUUUUAUACCGCAAAAUCGAAGUAAAGGGAAUACCCCCAGGAGUACUGGUCCCUACUUAUACUGUACAUCUGUGUGGACUGGAGUAAUGAACCCUUGAGACAAACACAGCGUCUGCAGCAGGGUCUUGCACCAAUAUCCUCUGAGGCUUUGUUGGCUAAUUAAAGAGGCGGUUGCUAAGAGAUGACGAGCACCAUCAUCGGGAGGCUCUGAUGUGCUUUUGCUUGGACCCUCAGGGUUUUUUUCCACCAGAUUUUGACCCCUUGAAAAUAAUAAAGUAGCAUGGCAGCUUUUACAAGCACAUGUGCCAACAAGGUUGCCAGGAGCACCCGUACAAAAGAGAAAGACUUGUCCAGAGAAUGGACUGGUAUUGGCAACCUAGAGACUGGACAGCUCGCCAUGUUCGAGAAGGGACACGAGUUCUUCCAGAUCUGCGAUAUUGAAGAUAAAGGCUUCAUCACUCGCAGAGACAUGCAGAGACUUCAUGGUGAAUUACCCCUUAGUCCCGAAGAGCUAGAGAAUGUGUUUGACACUCUGGAUGCAGAUGGGAAUGGUUACCUUACCCUGGAAGAGUUCACCACCGGAUUUAGCGAGUUCUUGUUUGGGCAGAAGAUCUCUCUCGCUGAAGCAGUGCAGGAGCCAGCACAAAGUCAAGGCCAGCCAGAGUGUCUCUACCAGAGCCAGUGGGAGGAGAGACUGGAAGGAGGCGAGGAUGAUGAGGAGCACAAUUUUUGUGUGCUUAUGGAGAGUCUAGGGGCCAGUGGAAUCUUUGAAGACCCUUGUGAAGUGAGGAACCUUUGGACUCAGCUAAGGAGAGAUGAACCCCAUCUUCUGUCCAAUUUCGAGGAGUUCUUAUCUAGAGUGACCUUCCAGAUAAAGGAGGCUAAUCAAGAGAAAAGAGAGAUGGAGAGUGCACUAAAGAGAAAGGCAGCAACACAUGAUGAUGAGAUCCAGCGCCUCUAUGAAGAAAUGGAACAACAGAUUAAAAAUGAAAAGGAGCGAAUACUUAUGCAGGAUUCGGAGCGCUUUCUCUCCCACAGUCAGGACCUGGAGCAGCAGCUGUCAAGAAAGGAGCUCGAGCUGGAGCAGCUGAUCCAGAAGCAGAAGAGGUUGGAGAGAGAGUGUGUGGAGCUGCACAGUGAGCAGCACGAGACCAAGGUGGAAAAUGUGAAGCUGAAGCACACCAACGAGGAGCUGGGGAGGGAUCUGGAACACACCUGCCAGGAGCUAGCCCUGGCCCAGGAGCAGCUCCACCUUCUACAGGAGCAAGCAUCUCGACUGCAUGAAGAGAGGGAGAUGGAGCUCUACAGGGUAACAGAAGGACUACAAAGAGAAAGAGCGAGCCUGUUGAAACAACUUGACCUCUUGAGGGAAAUGAACAAACAUUUACGAGAUGAGCAAGAUAUGUGCUAUCAAAAGCCGAAGAAUUCUGCCAAAAACUCUUCCUGGAAUCAGAGAUCUGGAUCGAUUGUUGGUAAACACAUGGAAAGAAAGCAGUCCAUUAAAAGCGAGGAUGAAGAUGAGAUUCUCUCAUACGCCAGGAGGAGAAAUUCCGCUGGUCUGAAUGGAUACUGUCAGGUGAGCAAGGAGAAUGAAGUUGACGGGAAAAUGAUGAGGAAGCCCCAGCUUCAGAGAAUCAUCUCUAUUGAGGAAGAUCACCUCCCCCAGUUGCUUCAUGUGGAGUAUGAGGCCCAGCUUAACGAAUGGACUGAGGAGGACGAUGAUGUGGAGGACGACUCGGGAGAGUCAAAGGAGGAUCAGAGAUCCUUAGAAACAGCUCAGUCUCCUAGUCUUGAGGUUGCUGCUGUUUCGGUGAUAUCAGAAGACAGCACAGCUGAGGAGAGUGACCAGGCCUCUUGCAGCAGAGCUCCUUCCUCGCCAAGAGGGCAGCCAGUGGGAAAAGAAACACUAUCACAUGAAGAGGGAACAGUUUCAGUGCCUGAUCGCUUGUUUAAAAUUGUCCUGGUUGGCAACUGCAGUGUGGGGAAGACCUCCCUGCUUAGGCGCUUCUGUGAUGACCGUUUCUUCCCAGGAACCUCUGCCACUGUAGGAAUAGACUACAGUGUGAAAACAUUAACAGUGGAGAACAGCCAAGUGGCACUGCAGAUGUGGGACACAGCUGGACAGGAGAGGUAUCGCAGUAUUACAAAGCAGUUUUUCCGAAAGGCGGAUGGAGUAAUAGUGAUGUAUGACAUCACCGUAGAACAGACGUUUACAUCAGUACGGCAAUGGCUGACAAGUGUCCAUGAAGGAGCAGGAGAUGAUAUUCCUAUCAUGUUGCUUGGGAACAAAACCGAUAGGGAGGCCAGAAGAGAAGUUCAGUUUAAAGUAGGCGAGAAAUUAGCUAAGGAUUCCCAGCUGAUCUUCUAUGAGUGCAGCGCCUUCUCCGGUCACAAUGUCACUGAGUCCAUGCUUCAUUUGGCAAAAGUUUUAAAAGAGCAAGAAGACAAGGAGAAAGAGAAGACAAUUCAACUGGCAGAUGAAUCUUCAAAGAAAAAAUCUUGCUGCUCACGACAGUAGAAAACUUUUUUUUCUGUAAAGUAACACAAAUGACAGUUGACUCGCAUAUCAAAUGUUUUUUGUAACUUGAUAAGCAACUUCUUGGAAAACACGUGCUAUGUCUUAUGCCAGUAUUCAUUAUAUUUUUUCACUUUUCAAACUAUCACCUGAUAAUUUUAAAAGUCAAUCUCCAGAAGUGCUGUUAUCCAUCGUGUUAAGAAGCAUCUGUUAUAUUUGAUCUGAAAAUCCAGCACUUAAGCUGAAGAAAUCGACAGCACAGAGAAGUCUGCAUUAAGAUGGAAUACAGUGCAAUGAAAGUGUUAUAUCUACAUUGUUCAUUAAUUUUAAAAAUAUAUAUUUAAACACAAUAUUAAUGUGCAUAUAAAUAUAUUUAAUUACA